GUGUCCACUUCGAGCUCAGUGUCGUCAUCGUCCUCUACAUCAACAUCCUCUAGUGUUUCCACACCAACCACAACAAGCGUGUCAACAUCGUCCUCUGUGUCGACGUCAUCAAGUGUGUCAACUUCAAGCUCGCUGUCGACAUCAUCAAGUGUCUCAACUUCUUCUUCUGUGUCCACAUCAUCAAGUACAUUGACCUCAAGCUCUGUGUCCACAUCCUCGUCAGUAUCAACAUCAUCGAGUGUGUCAACACCAACUACCACAAGUGUCUCAACUUCGUCGUCUUUGUCGACGUCUUCAAGCGUAUCAACUUCAAGUUCUGUGUCGACAUCAUCCUCCAUAUCAACUUCAUCGAGUGUUUCUACAUCAUCAAGUGUUUCAACAUCAAGUUCUGUCUCCACAUCUUCCUCAGUAUCAACAUCAUCAAGUGUUUCGACACCAACGACAACAAGUAUCUCGACUUCGUCGUCUAUUUCGACGUCCUCGAGUGUGUCGACUUCAAGUUCUGUCUCCACAUCGUCCUCGAUAUCAACGUCAUCAAGUGUUUCAACACCAACCACAACUAGCAUUUCGACAUCGUCGUCUCUUUCGACAUCAUCAAGUGUGUCCACUUCGAGCUCGGUGUCCUCAUCAUCAAGUGUCUCAACUUCUUCUUCUGUGUCCACAUCAUCAAGUACAUCGACCUCAAGCUCUGUGUCCACAUCCUCGUCAGUGUCAACAUCAUCGAGUGUCUCAACACCAACUACCACAAGUCUCUCAACUUCCACGUCUUUGUCGACGUCUUCAAGUGUGUCAACUUCAAGUUCUGUGUCAACAUCGUCCUCCAUAUCAACAUCAUCAAGUGUUUCUACAUCAUCAAGUGUUUCAACAUCAAGUUCUGUCUCCACAUCUUCCUCAGUAUCAACAUCAUCAAGUGUUUCCACACCAACCACAACAAGCGUGUCAACAUCGUCCUCUGUGUCGACGUCGUCAAGUGUGUCAACUUCAAGCUCGGUGUCGACAUCAUCGAGUGUCUCAACUUCUUCGUCUGUGUCCACAUCCUCAAGUACAUCGACCUCAAGCUCUGUGUCCACUUCUUCAUCGGUGUCAACGUCAUCGAGUGUGUCAACACCAACUACCACAAGUGUCUCAACUUCGUCGUCUUUGUCGACGUCUUCAAGCGUAUCAACUUCAAGUUCUGUGUCGACAUCAUCCUCCAUAUCAACUUCAUCGAGUGUUUCUACGUCAUCGAGUGUUUCAACAUCAAGUUCUGUCUCCACAUCUUCCUCAGUAUCAACAUCAUCGAGUGUUUCGACACCAACGACAACAAGUAUCUCGACUUCGUCGUCUAUUUCGACGUCCUCGAGUGUGUCGACUUCAAGUUCUGUCUCCACAUCGUCCUCGAUAUCAACGUCAUCAAGUGUCUCAACGCCAACCACAACAAGCAUUUCGACAUCGUCCUCUGUGUCGACAUCAAGUUCUGCUUCGACAUCGUCAUCAGUAUCGACAUCAUCAAGUGUGUCGACUAGUUUGUCAACUUCUGUUUCGACAAGGUAACAGGAAAAUGUUACUUCAAACUAAAUACAAACUGUUUGCGUGUUUGAUUUGAUUCUUUUUCUGGUAUUCUUUUUUAUAUAGGCGGUUAUAUGUCGUAUGUAAUAACAAGGCUAACUCUCCUGCUGAGGUUGAUUUUUUUAAAAAGCUUCUUUUUCUGUGUUUCCUCUCUCUGCAUUUAAGAAUCUCAUCGCUGGUCAAAAGAAGCAAAAUUGAAGGCCCAUCAUAGCCCUAGAAAGUAAAAUACCGCAUCAGAUCCAGGGGCACAACCCGUUUGACAGUACCUACCCACCGGGGGGGGGGUACUUCCUUAUAUAAGCCAUAUAGGUAUGUGCCGCCCCAAAAGGUGGGGUUUUGCGCCGUUUUGGUCACAAAACUGGUAUAGACUUUGCCCAUUUUGGUCUGGAAUCGGGUAUGGUUUUCGAGGGAACUACGUGAGUGUAUUUACGGUUUCAAUUGAGUAAGUAAGAACGAGAAAUAUGCGAAUUCGAAAUGGAUGUUAAGAAAUCUUUUUUGAUGCUGUGCUAAUCUAAAUAAUUUCUUACAGGCCAGGUAUGAAAACGGGCGUGGAUUUUUGGGGCAGGUCGGGAAACGGGUGUGAAAAAUGACAGGUUUUGGCCUGAAACAGGGUCAGGAUUUGGAGGUCCGGGCGGCACACCCACACCAAGAUUUCCCAGGACUAUCCCCCGGAACGUACUCCUGGAUUUUUCGCCGUCAUUACCCUCGGACCCUCUACACUUUAAUUAGCGUAAUGAUGGGUUAACGAGAUUUGCUAAUUCAGGAUAAUUUUAAUACAUCUAUCUUCGCAAAUGUUCAGGUAAUAAUUAUGUACCAAGCUACUGUUGGGAUCAGUAAUUAACGCAUAUUUGCUUAAUGUUUAGCUCUAGUUCAGUGUCUACAUCAUCAUCUAUAUCGACGUCGUCAAGUGUCUCGACUUCAUCAAGGUAGACGCGAAAUGAUUGCCUUUUAA